AUGGUUGCAUCUUCACCCGAAAUGAAUAUGUUACUUGAACCUACUACGAAUACCUUAUUUACGACCACAACCACAAACAGCAAUUCUUCCUUGCUUACAGUACCAAAAACUCCAUUUUAUGGGUACUUGCUUUACUGUGAAGAAGUAAGGCUUCACUUCCUGGCGGUGAAUCCUACAAUGGCUGUGGAAGCAAUGUCGCAAUUUAUCGAAGAGAAAUGGAUGGUAUUGACAGAGAGAGAGAGGCAGGACUAUUCUGAACGCGCUAAAGAGCUUAAUUGGCAAAAUCUCAGCCAGGACGAGAAAAACAUGUAUCAGGCAAUGAUCACAAAUUUACAAGAUUCCAACGCUUCUUUCGGAAAUCCUAAACAAGAGAUUCUUCUUUCACGGGAAGCACCCGAGCUCGAUGAUACUCGUCCGUUAAAGAAAUCCCGCGUUUCUUCUGAUGGUGACGAUGAGAAUGAAAGUUCCGACGACGAUGCGGAUGAAAAUGGUGAUUUCGAUUAUGAGAAAACUUUUGAAAGCACAAUCUCAUUAUCUGAGAAUCCUAUUUUUUCGAAUGUUGAAUUUAUUGAGCCGCUGCCGUCUUCACCUUUUUCGCCAUCUUUAUUCAAUACACUCGAACCUAAUACUUCAAGUAUCAUCGCUACCACAUCAGCAGCAGAUAAUCUUGCAACAACAACACCACCAAUUAUGGGGGACAUUGAUCUCUUUGAACAUCAACAAGGUCAAUUCGUUGCUUUUCCAAAACCUCCUUCUCCCGCAUUCUUGCAUUUCUCAAAUUACAUCAGACCCCAAAUCACCGCAAAAUUUCCCAACGAGACUUAUGGAGGUAUCAAUAAACUAAUUAAAAAUCAUUGGAAUUCAAUGUUGAAAGAAGAUCGAGAGCCAUGGGAGCAACAAGCGAAAGAAGAUGAGAAAAGAUUUCAAAAAGAAAAUUUGUGUUUCUUGGCGACUCGUACACUUAAACAAGUUACGGAAACUUUCGAAGUUUUUUAUAAUCAAAAUAUCAAUGAAGUUGGUAUUACUGAUAAAGAAAAUUCGAAACAAUCUGACAAAAAAACUAAUACCGUCACCUCCGCCACUUCUACUACGAACAAUAAUGCAAAAUCUACGAUUAAAACUCAGAAAACGCCGCAAAAGUAUUCACCAACUAAGCUGCGUCCUAUUUUACCACGACCACUCCAACCAUCAAAUAACACCCAAAAAAAGAUUUCAACAAUCAUCACCACACCAUCAGCAACCAUCGCCACACCAUCAGAAACCAUCGCCACAACAUCAGCAACCAUCGCCACACCAUCAGCAACCAUCACCACACCAUCAACAAUAAUCACCACACCAUCAAUCACCAUUACCCAGCUACCACUCAAAUCACUCUCAAUUCAACCACAUUAUUUACUUGCACAGCACCCAGACUUGAAAUUCGGACUCCAAGUUCCUACUCGUGCAAAGUCACCCUAUCAAUACUUUUACACAGAGUUUGCUGAGAGUUUUGCAGCACUCUACCCCGAUACCCCCGUCGACCAGCUCCUAAAGAUGAAAUGGAACCGAUUGUCGCCGUUGGAUCGUGAACCUUGGGAGUCCAAGGCAAAAGAGGAUCACGAGAGAUUUCGACAUGAAAAAGAUGCUUAUUUGAAAAAUCAACAUAAGUGUUUUAUAAAUUCUCAGAAUGGUGUUUCGCUUGCAGAGUUUUUCAUGUCGUGA